AUGAAUGGGAGCACUGAUGAGUGUCCCUUAAGCCCAAAGAGCGUGCGGUCGGCUGAGUCCAGCCAGCCGUUCCCUCCACUCAGCCCUGACCGAGAGUCUCUCAACUAUAUUGAAGAGGAAGAACCUCGACCAGAAGGGAACGAUGAAGAUCGAGGAGACGCAAUUGAUAAUGGUGAUGGAGUGAUUAAUGGAGAAGCGGACGAAGAAGACCGAGGCGCGGAAGAAGCAGAGUUCCUCUCUCAAUAUUCGCCGCAGGCCUCUGGAUCGGAGGAAGAAGAUGAAGGAGAGGGCGAAGGCGAGGGAGGAGAAAGCUCUCAGGAAGAGGACAACUUCGCCAUUGACCGGCCAUACCUACGAUCAACGAUAUCUCUACCUCAUGCAUUUGCGCCGCCGUUUUAUAACCGACCACCUACUCCUCUCCCCCCUUCGCCGUCGUUAACUUCCCUUCUACGCCCGUCUUUUUCAGCAACAACUUCACGUCCUACAACUCCGGAUAGCUCUGAUGUCGAGACACCUAAUGACACAGAAGCUGCGGUGGCCAAGUCCGCGCGUAAUGCGACGACGGUGCCUCGAGCGAGUCCAAAAGUGCCUACAUAUGAGUAUUAUGGGUUUGUCUUGUACCUGGCGUCCUCACUUGCAUUCCUAAUGUAUUUGCUAUGGUCAUUUUUACCAUCUCCAUUUCUACAUAAUCUGGGAAUACACUACUACCCCAAUCGGUGGUGGUCCCUUGCCAUACCCUCUUCAUUGGUGAUGACGAUCAUCUACAUAUAUGUUGCUCUAGCAGCGUAUAACACGGGCUAUCUAACCCUACCAAUGGACAGCAUUGAGAAUUUAGUUGAUGAUGCGGCAAACAUAGCUGUGAUAGAUAGCAAAGGGCGACGUCGGCCGGGUGGUUCGUCUAAGAUGAACCCUGACUCCGCGACGGCACAGAUCAUGGGCUCGCAGAAGAGGAUACCGUGGGAUCAAGUUUGGAAUGAAGGGACUGAUGCGGUCAUGGACAUACCUAUUGGUGGGGUAUGUGAAGUCUUAUAUGGCAACGAUGAUGUUAAUGAAGGUAAUAAUCGACAGUAUUAA